UUAUUGUCAUGUGAGUUUACUAAAGGUCCUAAAUCAGCGCCUUGUUUGUAGGAACUCGAUUCGUGGAUGCCUACUCCACCUCCUGAGAACACUGGGAGGAACACACGGGUCCCAAACCUCCAGAACUUCUCCUCAGCAGUGGAGGACAGUCUGUUUCUCUGAACCAUGAAGAACCUGGUCUUACUGGUUUUGGGUUUGUUGCUGUGUGCCAAGCAGGCAAUGCAAAACAGAGCAAACUGCAGACUGGUUACAGCCACCUUUUGCCAGGGUGUGGGCUACACCACCACCCAGUAUCCAAACGGGGCUCCGGGCUACAUGCUGCAGCCCACGGGUCAGAUCGUGGAGACGGCCUGUUCAGCCAACGUUGGCAUCCUCAUGUGUCGCGUGGUUGUGCCUGAAUGUGGCUCUGAUGACGACAGCCGCCUGAAGCCCUGCAGAGCUCUGUGUGAAAAGGUCAAGAGUGACUGUGACUCUACUCUCAGAUCCAAGAGGCUCACCUGGCCCUCAAAGCUCCGAUGUGAGACUUUACCAACAUCCAACUGUGUGCAGGGCCCACCCAGUCGUCCCCCUCCAACACCACCUCCUACAUGUCAGACCAUCACUAUUCCUCUCUGCACAGGCCUGUCCUACACAGAGACCGUCCUGCCCAACAUCCUCGGCCACAGAACCCAAGAAAACGCAGGUCUGGAAGUAGGGCAGUUUUAUCCACUAGUGAAGGUGGAGUGCUCCCCUCAGUUGAAGCCCUUCUUAUGCUCCGUCUACACCCCUGAGUGUGUGUCAGGAAGACCUCGACCUCCCUGCAGAACGCUGUGUGAAAAGGCCCGAUCAGGCUGCGAACCGCUGAUGACGAAGUUCGGCUUCAGUUGGCCUGAAAGCUUGAAAUGUGAAGCCUUUACAACAGAGUCCUGUGAACAAGGUCCAGACUUCCUUUUGCCCCCAACACCACCUCCAACAUGUCAGACCAUCAGUGUUUCGCUCUGUUCAGGUCUGUCGUACACCCAGACGGUCAUGCCCAACGUCCUCGGCCACAGGACUCAGGAUGAAGCAGCUCUGGACUUGCAAACAUAUCAACCACUGAUACAGGUGGAGUGCUCUCCUCAUCUGAAGUCUUUCUUAUGCUCCGUCUACACCCCUGAGUGUGUGUCAGGAAGACCUCAACCUCCCUGCAGAACGCUGUGUGAGGAGGCUCGAUCUGGAUGUGAAUCGCUGAUGACAAGGUUUGGCUUCACUUGGCCAGAAUCUCUGAGAUGUGACGCAUUCACCACAGAUUCCUGUGAACAUUAUGGUGUUGGUAGCAGCGGGGGUCUCUGUAAGCCCAUCACCAUCCCCAUGUGUCAGGAUCUGUCCUACAACAUGACCAUCGUCCCAAACCUCCUCGGACACACAAGUCAAAGAGAGGCCGCCGUGCGGAUGUCCUUCUUCAACUCUAUUGUGCAAACCGUGUGUUCCGUGGACAUACGCCUCUUCUUAUGCAUGGUCUACGCCCCCAAGUGUGUGCUGGGGGAAGUGCAGCGGCCUUGUAGGUCUUUCUGUGAGAAAGCCAAACAGGGCUGUGAGAGUCACAUGAACAAUUUUGGCGUUUCCUGGCCGGUGGAGCUGCGAUGUGAAUCAUUUCCGACUGAAAGAUGUAUCACAGAGGACAACAGAUCUGGGAUGCUGAGUGCUGAAGAUGUUCUUGCUCGACUAAACGCUGGUGGCUAUUCUGUUCAUGGAAAAACUCUGAGUCUGAGAACAGCCCACCUGCUGCUGACUCUGAUGGAUACAGAUAAUUCUGGAGACCUGGAGGUGGUGGAGUUCUUCAACCUGGAGCACUAUGCAGCUGUAGUGAGGAGGGAGUAUGUGGAGAGCUACGAGAAGAGGAGACCACCUGCUGUGACUGAAGUCCAGAUGAGAAAGGCCCUGGUUGCCCGCGGAUUCAGUCUGGAUGAGGACACUUUCAAGACUCUGUGGCGCGAGUACAGAAACAGAGAUGGAAUCGACUACGACGAGUACAUGGCCGCCAUCACUAAACUUCAGAUUCUCAAAGAUCGUUUUGUGGCCAAUCGGCUGAACGUACCCUGUGUCGACUGUUACGUGGCCAGCUUCUCCUUCAUGCAGUUCAUAAAAGCAGCAAUAAUCUGAGGAUCAAACAGGAGCUCAGCUGAAUGAACUGAAGAAACAUUUUAGCAGCUGUUCGGUGGCACUGACAUAACAUAGACAGUAACAACUCCACUACGCAUCAUUAUGAACACAUCUUUACCAUUGAAAGAGAAUUAAAUAUUGGAAAUACAA